ACUGCCAAGCUCAAGAUGAGAACAAGAAGCAACGACUUGAGAGAGAAGCCGAGCUUGCAGACAAAGAGAGGGCUUUGAAAAAGAAGGUGAUGGCGAAGAGGAAGAAUAUCGAGGACGAGAAGAAGAAGAUUACUGAUCUCUGUCUGCAAGAGAAGCACGACUGUAAGGUUAUUCAGAUGGAUGCAGAGAUAGAGAUAACAAAGGUAAGGGUAGACCUCGAGAAACGGCUUGUCGAAGAGAAUCUUAAGAAAGAAGCGCAAGAAACGAAACAGAGAGUUCAGGCUCAAAUCUCCAAGCUUGAGAAGGCUGCUAACUUAAUGGUCUCAUUAGGGAAGUCAUCGUCAAGUGUGAGCCCAAACAGAGGAGUGUUCCCCUCCAAGACAGGAGAGGUUCCUGCAGCAACGGGAACCAAGAGUGCAGGAGGAGGGGAAGAAGUAGGGGGGAGAGGAGAAGCAGAUAGAGGAGAAGAGGAAGCAGCAGGCAGAAAUGGCGGAACAGGAGAAGGAGGUGGAGGAGGGGGGGGAACAGCAGGCGGAGGAGAAAGCGAGAAUGAAGAUCCAACGAAAGACCUGGACGAAGUUGUGGUAUUUGUUUCCAAGCCACUCGACGAGCAGGUGCAAGCUUUGUUUAACGAAAAUGCAGCUGAAUCAUCAUCCUCAUCAUCUUCGCCAUCGCCUUUCAAGUGUAGUUUGUCAAAUUGGCUUGGGAUUGCGUCUACUGCAGGGGAUGCACGAGAUCUUUUGUCUGAGAUUAUUAUGAAGCCUAUUUCCCCCACUUUGAAGCCUGGAAUUGAAUAUACCGAAGACGGAGAGAAUGGUCAUGGCUGGGUGUCCGGGUUUAGAUACUUUGAGAAACUUCCUCUGAAGGAGAACAGUUCCGUGGAUGACCAGAUGCAGAAGACUCUGCUAUGCUUCCUAUGCAGAUCUCAGGAUGGCAUCCAAGGGUUGGAACAACUUUUGCAGCAGCUCGAUGCUGAAGGAGGGGGGCUUUUGUUCGUUGACGAAGCCUAUCAACUCAAUCCCGAAGUGGAAUUCAACGGCAGACGGGUGCUGGACUACCUGUUGACGGAGGCAGAAAAUAAGAUAGGCAAGCUGGCUGUGGCCUUUGCUGGGUACCAGAACAAGAUCGAGAAGUUGCUCGAAUACAACGAGGGCCUUCCGAGCAGAUUUCCAUACAUGUUCGUCUUCGAAGACUUCUCCGACAAACAGUUGCAUGACAUCUUCCUGUCGAGUGUUCAGCAAGUGUUUCCGGAACAUUGCCGUGCCGUUACAAUCGAAGGGGGGCCAGAGGGAGGCCCAAUGAAGAUACUCAUUCGACGGAUAGGAAGGGGGAGGGGGAGAGUCGGGUUUGGCAAUGCAAGGGCGGUGAAGAAUGAGGUCGAGAGGGUGUUUGAGAGGCAAGCGACACGAGUGAAGAAGGAGAGGGACGAGGGUGGCAACCCCGACGACUUCUUCUUCACCAAAGAGGAUCUACUGGGGCCGGAUCCAACGGCGGCUCUUGCACGGUGCAAGGCAUGGCAGAAGCUCAAGGGUAUGAUUGGCCUCAAGAAGGUGAAGGAGGAGGUGGAGAACCUCACGGAGCUUAUUCUCCGGGAUCUCGGUUUCCUGAGCAACGGAGAAGUAGUUGUGAAGAAGCCGAGCGACUUCAUAGGGUCAGUUAUGGGAGAGUCGGAGAAGACAACACGUGGCAUUCUCAACGCAUGUGUCGGGAAGGUUCUGGUCAUCGACGAGGCAUAUGGUUUAUAUGCCUCAGCCUCAUCUUCAUCCGGAAGCAGUGGGGCUGGAGGACAUAGUGACAUUUAUCGGACGGCAGUCGUUGAUACGAUUGUAGGGGAGGUGCAGAACGUGCCUGGAGAAGACCGCUGCGUGCUGAUGCUCGGAUACCGAGAAGAUAUGGAGAGGAUGAUGGCCAAUAGUAAUCCUGGCCUGCAGCGACGCUUUUCCCUGGAGACGGCAUUCGUGUUCGAAGAUUUCUCCGUUGAUGAACUGGUCAAGAUCCUCAACUUGAAGAUGUCCAAGCUGGAGUUGCAGAGCUCUUUCGAGGCUCAGCAAUGUGCAGGGGAGGUCCUUGCCAAGCGAAAGCGGCUGAAGAACUUCGGCAAUGGCGGCGAAGUCGACAAUCUGCUCACAGCUGCCUUGAAGAGGAUGGAGUCCAGACUUAAACACCUUCCUGCAGAUCAGCGGGUGCGCAUGAGCCAGCACAUCUUGCCCACAGAUUUCGACCCUGAUUGGGAGUGCGGCUCAGGAGGUGCAGGGAUGCAGGUUCUGAAGCUGCCACGGGUGGAAGACCUCUUCUCCGAUCUCAUGUCCUGUGACCAUCUUGUUGAUCAGAUGUUGGGGUACCAGAGCGACAUGGACCUUGCCCGUCAACGUGGAAGGGACCCACUGCAGCAGAUCCCGAUGAACUUCUGUUUCGUGGGACCACCAGGGACUGGCAAGACGACAGUUGCCAGAAGAAUGGGCAAGUUCAUGAGAGGUCUGGGUGUGCUUGGCUCUGAUGAAGUUGUGGAGACCUCCGGGGCAUCUUUCCUUGGACAGUACGUGGGUCAAACGGGUCCCAAGGUGAUAGCCAUGCUGGAGAAGGCCUUGGGGAAAGUGCUAUUCAUUGAUGAAGCUUGCCAGCUCAAUCCAAUGGCUGGCGCAACUUCAGUGUAUGCGAAGGAAGCAGUUGACGAGCUUGUCAAUCAGCUAACGAAGCCUCAGUUCUAUCGAAAGUUAGUGAUUAUCCUUGCCGGCUACGAAGAUGCCAUCGACUCUCUGUUGCGUUCAAAUGACGGACUGAGGAGCCGGUUCUCCGAAACGGUUGUCUUCAGAAGUUUCACUGGUGAGCAGUGUGCACAGCUUUUCAAGAAGUUGCUUGCUUCUGAUGGAUUUGCAAUCGAAGAUGACGACCAGGAGUCUGACGAGGAGCUGAAGGAGCUUUUUACUAGGCUUGCUAAAACUCCAGCCUGGGGGAAUGGAAGGGAUAUAAAUAACAUUGUGAAGAAGACGACUCAAAAAUUUAGCAGGAGCAUUGUCACAAAAGGUGGACACGGAGGAGAUGGUGCAAAGGAUGAGGCGUUUAGAGGAAUCUGUGCGGGAAGCGUGCUGUCUAUCCCGAUGAAGAUGAUCCGAGAAUGUUUGCACGUUGAGGAAGAGAAAAGGAGAAAGGGCCGCAGUGAUCAACUGUACGCCCCUCAUGGAAUGACGUUAAUCCACCCCCCUUUGGCUCUACAGGACAUGAGUUGGAGAACUCCUGCUACCGCGACACUGUCGUUGACAAGUGCUGAGGAUGUCGUUCAGAUAACGACAGCCUCCUCAUCUGAGCAUAAGGUUGAAGAGAUUCUAGAGGCCAAGGGAUCGUUGAGAGAGGAGGUGGUGAAGCAGUUGCAACAGGGGGAGGGGGGGAAGGAGGAGGAAGAAAAACGGGAGUGGUUGACGUCUAGUCCAGGAAAUGAUGGGCAAGGAGGAGGAGGAGGAGGAGGAGUUGCAACAGUUGUGAGAGAUGAUGGCGUCACGGACCAAGUGUGGGGGGAGAUUCAGCAGGCCAUACUUCGAGAGGAAGCCGUCCGAGCCGCAGUGAAACGACAGGAGGAGAUGGCGAAACAGGCGGAAAUGGAGGCAAGAAGACUGGAAGAGCUUGCUAGAAGACUCAAGGAAGAGGAAGAGGAGAAUAGGAAACAACAAGAGGCAGAGGAAGCAGCUCGCCGUGCACGUGAGAAAGCAGAGAAGGAACGGCGAGAGGCAGAAAGACUUGAAAUGGUGCGCCAGAAAGAGGAGCAAGUGCUCAAGAAAAUCCAACAAAUGGGCGUUUGUUGUAUGGGCUACCGAUGGUUGAAGGUCGACAGCGGCUACAGAUGUGCUGGAGGCUCGCACUACAUGAGCAAAGCUGAAGCAGGGUUGUAAUCUUUCCCUUUAAUAUCUGGUUUUGUAUAAAUCUACUGCCAUUUGAUUGCUUCUCUGAUCGUCUGGUCAUGGAAUGAC